UUUCAGAUUUGCUUUUAAUUUUAGCUUCCUGCCCCUUUCCCCACGGUGGGGGCAUGGACGCAAGCUUCAGGCGCCGCCUAUAAAUAAAUCAUAAUCUUCAACUUUUAUAUGCCCAAGGAGGUGCCCCCAAAGGCUCAAACCUUCCUGUUUCCCCCUUAUUAAAUUAAAUUCCCCAACAUCCCCCUCUUCAGGGCGCUGUCGAAUCUCGCAGACGCUAUACAUAUCCACUAUCAUCUCAUUUUCAUUCCUCUCCGCAGCUGAGGAGGGGACAAAAUGGCGGUCGCUCUGCUUCUUCUCCUUUGUCUCUUUCGCCUGACGGAUGAAGCGGCCUCCGCACAGAUUGGUGUCAACUACGGGCAGCUGGGCAACAACCUCCCCUCCGCCUCUCACUCCGUCGCCCUCAUCAAGUCUCUUAGAGCCAAAGCCGUGAAGAUCUACGACGCCAACCCGGCCAUCCUCGAAGCCCUCUCCGCCACCGACAUGCGGGUCUCCAUCAUGGUGCCCAACCAGGCCAUCGCGAAUAUUUCGUCUUCCCAAGCCGCCGCCGACGCCUGGAUCCACGCCAACCUCCUCCCCUUCUACCACCGCGCCAAGAUACGCGUCGUCCUCGUCGGAAACGAGAUCCUCUCCGACCAGAGUAACAAGGCCACCUGGUUCCAGCUCGUCCCGGCCAUGCGCAACAUCAAGCGAUCCCUCUCCGCUCUCCGAAUCCGCAACGUGAAGGUCGGCACGCCCUUCGCCAUGGACACCCUCGAGACCUCCUUCCCGCCGUCGAGCGGCGCCUUCCGGAAGGACAUCGCCGAUCCCGUGGUCCGCCCCAUGCUCCAGUUCCUCGCCAAGACCAAGUCUUCUUUCUUCAUCGACGUCUACCCGUACUUCGCCUGGUCCGGCAACCCCAACUCCAUCUCCCUCGACUACGCCCUCUUCCGCGUGACCAAGCCCACCUACACCGACCCCGGAAGUGGGCUCUCCUACACGAACCUACUCGACCAGCAGCUGGACUCGGUAAUCGCGGCCAUGGCCAAGCUCGGCGUCGCCAACGUGCCCCUCACGAUCGCAGAGACCGGCUGGCCAAACGCCUGCGACUUGGACCAAAUCGGCGCCAACGUGGCCAACGCCGCCGCCUACAACCGCAACCUCGCCAGGCGGCUCGCCGCAAAUCCGCCGGUCGGCACCCCCGCGCGGCCCGGCAAGCCGAUCCCCACCUACAUUUUCUCGCUCUACAACGAGAACCAGAAGCCCGGGCCGGGUACGGAGCGGCACUGGGGGCUGCUGUACCCGAACGGGUCGGCCAUCUACGAGAUAGACCUCACCGGGAGGAGACCGGAAUCUUCGUACAAGCCCCUGCCGGAGGGCACCAACAACCAGCCGUACAAGGGAAAGAUCUGGUGCGUGGCCGACGCCGCGGUCGCCGGAAGGAGAGAGAAUGCGAGCCAGGUCGCCGGCGCCCUCCAGUACGCUUGCGGGCAGGGGAAGGGCACCUGCGACUCGAUCCGACCCGGGAAGGCUUGCUACAACCCCAACAAUCUUCUGGCCCAUGCCUCCUUCGCUUUCAACGCAUACUGGCAGCAGUUCAGGAAGAGCGGCGGCACUUGCUACUUCAAUGGGCUCGCCGUCCAGACCGCCACCGACCCUAGUCACGGAUCGUGUGUAUACCCUGCACUGUCUCCCUGACUCGUGUUACAGAGGAAGAUUUCCCUUUCAGUUAGGAAGGAAGCAUGAUGGACUGUGCUUAUUAUUCCUUUGUAAUCUCUACUUAUUGCUUUAGGGAAGUUUCAUUUUUGGCAUUCCCCAUCUUCCUCGUGUUCUCUGUGUUAUUUGGCAUUAUAGGUUACAGUUUCAAACACUACUGUAAGUAUUUGUCUCGGCGCUUUAUCAGCUUGCUUAUCUAUUUUAACCGUAUUUGGCCGAUAUUUACAUGA